GUGUCUAUGUCCGUAUAUUUUUUUGGUCAAUUCCUAAAUCCGUACUGACCUAGAAACUGCCUCGUGAUUUCCCAAACUCUCUCUCGUCUCCCCCCUCCUUCUAUAAAUAGCGGAAGCCAUGCCACUCCUUCCCACCUGAAACUGCUGCCAGCCACAGAAGUCUGAAAAAUGAGGUUUAAGGGACUUGUGGUUGCAAUUUGUAUGUGGGUUUGGUCAGGCUCCUUGGCUGCUGAUACAAAAUCCAGUGAUGGGUUACUGAGAAUUGGUCUAAAGAAGCAGCCUUUGGACCUCACGAGAUUGAAUGCUGCAAGAAUCACCAGGUCACAAGUUUCCCAACCCAGUGAUCUCAAAUCCAACAUUGUGGAUCUGAAAAAUUAUCGGGACACCCAGUUUUAUGGGGACAUUGCUAUUGGCACCCCACCGCAGCGCUUCGCUGUUGUCUUUGACACCGGCAGCUCCAAUCUGUGGGUCCCAUCUUCAAGAUGCAUCCUUUCUUAUGAAUGUCUGCAGAUUUCUUGCUAUUUUCAUUCUAAAUACAGGGCAAGCCUUUCGAGCACUCAUACCAAAAUUGGAAUACCCUCCAAAAUUCCUUAUGGGUCUGGUUCGAUUUCCGGCUACUUUAGUGAAGAUAAUUUGAAAAUUGGGGAUGUUAUCGUCAGAGAUCAAGAAUUUGUUGAGAUUACAAGGGAAGGAUUCCUAACAUUCUUAACGGCACGGUUUGAUGGAGUCCUUGGACUUGGAUUUCAGGAUAUUUCUGUUGGUGAAGCCACACCAGUGUGGUUUAACAUGGCGCAACAAGGUCAUAUGAGCCAGCAAAUUUUCUCCAUCUGGCUAAAUCAUGAUCCAACAUCGAAGGUGGGAGGUGAGAUCGUCUUUGGUGGAUUUGAUUGGAGGCACUUUACUGGUGAUCACACCUACGUCCCAAUUUCACGAAAGGGUUACUGGCAGAUUGAGGUUGGAGAUGUUAUUAUUGCAGACAAAUCUACAGGACUGUGCAAGGGCGGUUGUGGUGCCAUUGUAGACUCAGGGACAUCCUUCCUUGCUGGUCCAACUACUAUUGUGGCUCAGAUCAACCAUGCCAUUGGAGCAGACGGAUUUGUGAGCUUGGAAUGUAAAAAUGUCAUUUCCACUUAUGGAAAUUUGAUAUGGGAAUAUUUAGUAUCUGGGGCACGGCCUGAUAUAGUGUGUGUGGACAUCGGUCUAUGUUCAUAUGGUGGUUCUCAGAAUAUAAACAAUUAUAUUGAGUCAGUGACUGAGAACAAAAUCGGGAAGGAAUCAUCAGUCGAUGAAACUCCUUCAUGCACCUUGUGUGAAAUGAUAGUCUACUGGGUUCAACUACAGCUUAAAAAACAAAUAGAAAAGGAAAAAAUAUUUACCUAUGUGAAUGAGCUGUGCGAGAAGCUUCCAAAUCCGCUAAAAAGGUCAUUCGUCAACUGUGAUAACAUUGCAUUCAUGCCGGAUAUUACAUUUACGAUCAGAAACAAAUCCUUCACCCUCUCUCCAGAACAGUACAUACUUAAAGUAGAAGAAAAAUGCUCCACUGUCUGCCUUAGUGGAUUUACUGCUUUGGAUGUGCCUCCUCCACAAGGUCCUCUAUGGGUUCUCGGAGCUCUGUUCUUGGGAGCAUACCACACGGUGUUUGAUUUCGGUAAUCUCAGGGUAGGAUUCGCAAAAGCUACGUAGUGCAUAGACUUGAUUUCCCCCCGUUAUCCGUAAAAGAUUUAUGCUAAUACUAAACGAUUAUCGUAGAAUAUUAGAUAUUAUGGAUCAGUAAAUGUCCCAUUGGAUUAUGCAUUUCAAGUAUCCAAUGCGAUGCAUUAGGGCCUCCUGUAACUGUUUAUAAAUAAAAGACGUGCUGUUUGCUUGGUAUGAAUUGCAAUAAGAUGCAAAAACUGCAAAUA